CUCAAGUGAAAUCUCGCUCACAACCAACAUCAAGGACAUAGCUGACGAUACAAUAUUCGCCCAUCGCGAUUAAUUGCACCUCAGCAAUCUUUUGAUUGGCAUAGACAACUACAGUGCCUCAGCAGAUUCCAUAGAAUUGGCAGGGGAAGAGCAUCUCUUCGGACGAGUAAUACAAUGGCGCUUCUUGUGGACAAGCAUCGUCCCCGCUCUCUCGACACAUUGAGCUACCAUGACGACCUUUCCGAGCGCCUUCGGUCCUUGGCACAAAGCGGGGACUUUCCUCAUCUCUUGGUAUAUGGCCCGUCCGGCGCUGGGAAGAAGACGAGGAUAGUGGCUACUCUCAAAGAGCUCUUCGGCCCAGGAGUAGAGAAGAUCAAAAUUGAUUCUCGCGUUUUCCAAACCUCUUCAAACCGCAAACUCGAAUUUAACAUUGUAGCUUCGGUCUACCACCUCGAAAUUACCCCCAGCGAUGUUGGAAACUACGACCGAGUCGUUGUCCAAGAUCUGUUGAAAGAAGUAGCGCAAACACAACAAGUCGAUCAAAGUGCCAGGCAGAAAUUUAAGGUUGUGGUCAUCAACGAGGCUGACCACCUAACCAGAGAUGCACAGGCAGCACUGAGAAGGACAAUGGAGAAGUACAGUCCGAAUCUAAGGCUCAUCCUCCUGGCAGACAGCACAGCGAAUAUUAUCGCUCCAAUUCGGUCAAGAACCUUACUCGUACGAGUCGCGGCCCCAACUGAGGCCGAGAUCUGCGACGUGCUCGCCAAAACAGGAGCAAAGGAAGGCUGGCCGUUAGCAGAGGAAUUAAAUCUCAGAGUUGCACAAGAAAGUGGCAGGAACCUACGGAGAGCACUGCUCAUGUUUGAGGCUGUGCAUGCACAAAAUGAAAAAGUCACAGACCAGACCCCCAUCCCGCCUCCAGAUUGGGAAGCGCUAAUUUCUCUGAUUGCCGAUGAAAUCAUGGCCGAGCACUCACCCGCACGAAUCCUACAGGUUCGCGCGAAACUAUACGACUUACUCACACAUUGUAUCCCGCCUACGACAAUCCUCAAGACCCUUACCUUCAAAUUGAUCCCCAAAGUCGACGAUGAGUUGAAGGCAGAGGUAAUCAUGUGGAGUGCGUUCUAUGAACAUCGCGUUCGGAUUGGGUCAAAGGUUAUAUUCCACUUGGAAGCAUUUGUCACGAAGUUCAUGAAGAUACAUGAGACUUGGCUCAUGAGCAUCGACUUUUAGAUUGGGUGGUGGGAGAGCGCCCUGACGCAAGGGAUAAAAUUGUGUGACUAUUUUGGUUAGGGGUCGGGGAUUAGGGGUAGUGAUGAUAAUGACUCUCAGGCAUUGAGAAUGGAGUUAACCUACGGAUAGGGGCAUGAGAUUUCAACAUGAAAACUACCACGUC